AAGCAAGGAACUUUGGAAAUCCAGAAUGGAGUGUAAUUCCAAUCUGUCCUCAUACAACCAAAGUAAAGAAUAACAGAACUGUACCAUUUUGCCCUAUAAUCUUCACACCAAUAAAGCUAAAGUUUCAGUCCUUGUAUUGGAGACUGGAAACACUCUCUUCUUCUCUCACCUCUAUUUUUUUAUUUUUCUCUUCAAAAAAAUUUUAAAAUAGCAGCAUGAUUUCAUCACUACCCAGUAUUUAUAUCACCAUUACCACAUGGGCAAAACUUUAAGAAAAUCCAACCAGUUUCUCUGUUUUCUUUAAUCACCUCAUGCCUGGGAACCUCUGCUUGUCAGAACAUAAAAACCAACAAGGUAUUAGAAACUGAGGCAGUAGAAUUAGAAACAGAGAGAGAGAGAGACUGAAAGUUGAGAGAUUGUUCUUCUUCUUCUUCUUCUCAUUUUUUUCUUUUUUUUGUGUGUAUUCUUAUUCUUAUUUUGGGGGGUUUGAAUUGAAUAGCUUUGGAAAUGGUGAGAGUGGAACUGGGUUCCUUAGAAUGGUGAUUAUAUGCUGGGUGGAUUUGAUGGGAGAUGUGUUUCAAUGGGCAAGAACGAGGAAUAAACAGUCUUAUUUUUUUCAUCACACAACAAGACAGAACCAAUGUAUACGACAAUUGCAUACAGAUUUAGUCGGAGAAACAUCAAAAGAAAAUUCCUCAAAUAUGGCGUCUAGCUGGUCUAAGAUCUUCCCCCUCAUUCCUCUUUUUGUAUUCUUUCUUCUUGUUGCUUCUUCAUUUUCUCCCGUCUAUUCCUUGGAAACAAACAAUUCACAUGCAACCAAUCAAACUUUCCGGCCGGAGAAAGAGUUGCAGAAGUUGAAAAGAAUAAGACAACACCUCAGCAGGAUCAACAAGCCUGCUGUCAAGACAAUUCAGAGUCCGGAUGGUGAUAUAAUCGAUUGUGUUUUAUCUCAUCAUCAACCAGCUUUCGAUCAUCCUCUUUUGAGAGGACAGAAACCCUUGGAUCUACCAGAGAGACCAGGAGGCCGUAACCCAACAGGUUCGAUGUCUGAAACAUUCCAGUUAUGGAGUUUGUCAGGGGAAACAUGUCCCGGGGGGACAAUUCCAAUCAGGAGAACAAAUGAAGAGGACAUGUUAAGGGCAAGUUCUCUUCGACGAUUUGGAAGGAAAAUAAGACGUGUUAGAAGAGAUUCAAGUGGCAAUGAUCAUGAACACGCUGUUGGAUACGUGAGUGGAGAGCAAUAUUUUGGAGCAAAGGCGAGCAUAAACGUGUGGGCACCCCGAGUUUCAAAUCAAAAUGAAUUUAGCUUAUCACAAAUGUGGAUCAUCUCUGGUUCUUUUGGUAAUGAUCUUAACACCAUUGAAGCUGGUUGGCAGGUAAGCCCAGAGUUGUACGGGGAUAGCUAUCCUAGGUUCUUUACUUAUUGGACGAGUGACGCGUAUCAAGCUACUGGCUGCUACAAUCUGCUGUGCUCCGGUUUUGUUCAGACUAAUAAUAGAAUUGUAAUCGGAGCUGCAAUUUCUCCAACCUCAUCCUAUAAUGGCGGCCAAUUUGAUAUCAGCUUAUUGAUUUGGAAGGAUCCGAAGCAUGGAAAUUGGUGGCUAGAAUUCGGGUCGGGUGUUCUAGUCGGGUACUGGCCAUCAUUUUUGUUUACCCACUUGAGAGAUCAUGCAAGCAUGGUACAGUUUGGUGGAGAAGUGGUCAACUCCAGGCCGUCUGGUUCGCAUACAUCCACACAAAUGGGAAGCGGCCAUUUCGCCGGCGAAGGGUUUGGAAAAGCUUCUUAUUUUAGGAACCUGCAGGUUGUUGAUUGGGAUAAUAACUUAAUCCCAUUAUCAAAUCUAAGGGUUUUAGCUGACCAUCCAAACUGCUACGACAUUCAAGGAGGGAUCAACAGAGUCUGGGGCAAUUAUUUUUACUACGGAGGACCUGGAAGAAAUGGGAGGUGUCCCUAAACCAAAAA